AUGGCGGCAAUCGACAACAACGAAAGCGCGUCGUCGGAGGGAUUUCUUAAGAAGGACAUAACGACCAAAAUUCUUCUCCAACUGCCAAUCGCCUGUUGCAUCUUCCGUUUCGCUGCGUCUACAAAUCAUGGCUUGCCCUGCUCUCAUAUCCCCAAUUCAUGUGCUCUCAUAUCCGUCCUGGCCCUCGAUCUAUUACUCCUUGCACUCUUACAAAACCCUAUGCUUCAUAGUCUCCAAAACAGGGGAUGA